AUGGAUCCAAAUGUAGUUCUAUCUACCAGUAUGAAACCAAUUUUUGAUGCAAUCAAAGAACUAUUAAGCAAUCCUGAAAUAUUCAAAUAUUGCACGUUUAAUUAUACUCCAAGAUUAAUUACUAAUGACAAGGGUGAAUUAAAACAUUGCUAUAGGGAACAAUAUGGUGGAGUUGGGCUCAAGCAUUGA